AAUUGGUUUGCGUCCAUAUCCAGCGGAAACCUUGUUUUGAAUCCUAAAUCCGUAUGAAGCUAUGAAAGCUAUAAAUUUUCUCCCAGUAUAUGAUGAAAACAAAAUAGGCGAAUAUCUAGUUCGGGUUACCUGGUAUACCUGGAGAACAGAUGUUUUGCAUGGAGAGAAAAAAAAAAAAGAUAAGCCUGGAGUACAAGUAUGACCUUUUGAAGUUUCAUCGCGUUAUGGAAGAAAUGAGACUUAGUGUGACAAAUGCGCAUCUUGAGUUAAUGAAUCAUACACCGUUCGGGAGGUUGUUCAAAGCGUACCAUGAGAAUUUGAUCAUUGAUGGUGUUUGCAGGAAAUGUGAUGCAAAUAUUGUGUCUAUAUUGAAGUUCUACGACCCAGUACAAAAAGCAUUUGUUUUUGGUGGAAUAAUUGCAACAAUAACUGUCAAAGAUAUAGCUGAGAUUUUCGGGUUGCCUGAUGAAGGGGAAGAGAUCAACUUGAAUAGUAGGAACUGCAAAAGUGCGUUUAGAGGUUUUUAUGAGAGAUGUCUUGCAGACAUCAAAGAUAUAAGUAAGAAGAUAUUGGAAGAAAGGAUUUUGAGAGUGGUUAAGUUGCAUGGUAGUGUGCAUGAGGGUGAUUUUGUGCGACUGGUUUGUUUAUAUUUUUGCUUGACACUGUUUUUCAGUACGAGUGGAAAUAAUACUAGUUUGUACAUGGUUGGGUACGUUGAGGAUAUUACCAAGAUGAAGGAUUAUGUGUGGGCUAGCAGUAAAUAAUUGGUUGUUGGGCACAAUUGAUAAUAUGGGAGAACGUUACGAAAGUGUAACUGGUUGUGUAAUUGGAUUAUUGUUCUGGUUUUGUGAGCGUACUCAUUUGAUCAAUCCAAUCAGAGGAAGGGAAAAUAUGCCUCUUAGGGUUGUUAAAUGGAAUUUGUCGGAAUUGUAUGCAAAGAUGGAAAUUAUGAAGAUCCAUGAGUUGGAGGAAGUUGUACAAGUAGGUGGGGGCAAUCUGUGUUCACAUGGUAGGGGGAUAAAUGUGGAGCCUCACAAAGUGUUAGAUGAAGAAUUUCUCCCAAUAUUUGAUAUACUGCCAUCAGAAUUUAUGGAAAACAACUUGGGAGAGCCUUCCAACAGUAAGGCGGACCUUAAUGACUUGGAGAGAAAAUUACAAGAGAUGAGUCUUUUGGUGGAGGACUACCGUUCAGAAAUUAUGAAGCUUACCAUUGAAAACAAGAAUCUGAAGGAGGAGCUGAAAUGUAAGGAAAAUUACAUAGUAAAAGAUAAAUCUCCAAAACAAAACUCAAUGAUUUUGCGGGUGAAAUUAAAACAAAGGAAGCCCUUGUUGAUGCCAGAUUACAAGUAUGAUGCUUGUGUUAAUAAAAAAAUGGUAGUUCAUAUGGAUAAAAAUUAUGUUGGUUCACGAGCAAUUCAAAUGCAUGAAUAUGGGAACAUAAAAAUAAUGGCACCGAUGAAGACAAUAGCUGUGCGUAGGCUACGAGUGGGCAAGUGUCUUCCAAUACUGUAUGCAGAGAAGUUGAAACAAUUUCUAGAUUUGAAUGAUGAUAGGUAGUGUAUAAUUUUUCAUCGUUAUUCUAUUUUAUAUUUUUUUACCUGUUAGUUAUCAAGUUGUUGAUUAUGCUGUUUGAACUAUAUUUAUAUACAUAUAUAUAGGGUUUCAAUGUGGAAAGGAGAGCAUUGUGCAGUGAUCCGUGAUGAUAUCCUCGCACUCUUGAAUGAGGGUGGUGUUAGUUGACAUGUAUUUGUAAUUUUUAUAAUUAUUUAACUUAGAUAGCAAUGAAUACAAUUAUAUUUGAAUGAAAGGUUUACAAAUGAUUCAUAAGAUGUUUUGGUUCUUUCCGUAGGUAGUUGAUUAUUUUUUCGAAAUUUUGAAUGACAACCAAAUUGGGAUUCCAAAAGAUCAGCUGAAAUAUGGGUUUAUGCCGACAUUUGCGUGGGUACAUAAAUUUUAGUUCCUCAAACAUUGCAGUUAAUUUUCCCAUUCUAGUUAGUUUAAUACCGUCCAUAACUAUGGAAUUAGAACAACCAAUGCUAUUUAGUAAUGAGUAGUGUAAUUGUCAAAUGUUGAUUUUUAUUAUUUUUUUCUAAUCCAUUUUUAUUAGUAUCUGUGGUAAAUACAAACUACUUGCCCUUGUAACACAGUAAUCCAUUUUUAUUUUGAUCUUCUAGCAUUAAUCUAGAGAAUCUUCUACUUGCCCUUGUAGAAUAUGAUUGUUACGUCAUAAUUAGUUGUAUAGGUAUAUUACUUUUUAGCUACUGUGCUUCUAAUCCAUGUUGGCUUGUAGGAUAUUGUGGAUGAAUCGAAUUCUGCAGUGAAAAUAUAUAUUUAUCUUGAACUUCUAUUGAAAAAGGUACGGGAGAACGACUAUGUUUUCUUUCCGAUUAACCAUUUCAAGGGAAUGCAUUAUACUUUGCUUGUGUUCAACAAACAAAGUGGAUGGUGGGAACAUUACAACACAUUACAAACCAAGUUGAAUAUGUUUGUGGAUCCUUAUUUUGAAGAGGCUAAAAAAUUGGUAAGUUGAUAACUAUGUAGUAUACCUCUUAUCCUUCGAAUUUUAUUUCACACACUAACUUUGUAAUGUGUUCUUUUUUUAUUUUUUUAUUUUUUUUUAGCAUGUGAAAAUUUCUGACUACUUUAAGCACAUGAAAGAUAGUAUUUCAAGAAAGCUCAAUAAGAACUCUAUUUGCAAACAUAUCAUGUAAGGUGAUAAGGUACAGAUGUUGUUGUACACGCUUAGCCAUGAUGACAGAGAAUUUCUCAUGUGGUUGAGGCAAACUAAUGUUGAGUAUCCACUUAAAGCAAACAUAUCAUGCUCACAACAAUUCCCUAACUUGUAAGUGUUAAUUUCAUCUGUAUUAUGCCUAUUUGUUGGUUUCUUGGUGAUAGAAUGUAAUAUUUAAGUUCAUACCCUUUUUUUUUUGUUAAACAGUUAUGACUGUGGAGUUGUUAUGAUGUAUAUUGCACAAAAAAAAAUGAUGGAGAAUUAGUCGAAUGUGUCUUUUCAGCAUAGGCGAUGAAGAAUAUGAGAACACAUGUCCUUUGUAAAUUCAUAAAUGAGGGAGAUGGUAGCUGGGAAAAGGAAGAGUAGGAUAAAGAUGUUCUGCAAAAUUUGAGUUUUUGUUUCAUUUAAGUGUUUCAAUUUAAUAAAAUGAUGGGACUCCAAUCCAUCCGAAUUCAUUUUCUGCUAGAUAAGUUUGAGUGUUAUGUGAACUGAGAUAUGCUUUGUCAUAUCUGUUUUUUAAUUUCAAUUUCAAUUGAAGGGGGAUAUUCUUCAUGUUUUCC